GUGAAUUUUAUAGUCUUAUAAAUACUAAUAUUUCAUGGAUUAGACAGAUCUGAAUUUUUGGCACAAUUCUAUUCUCAGUUCAUGGUCAUAGAAUCAGGGUGGGGGGUUUUUCUUGGGGGAGGGGAUAUUUUCUAUAUUCCUUUUAGUCACGUUCCUGUAUUUGGUUACUAAUUUUCUCGUGAACACAUUCAAAUGUAUAUUUGUACGUAUACCUGUCUCUAUAUUCCAAUAGGCUUAGCUUUUCUUUCAAGUGUGUUUAUAUGCAUUUAUUGACGAAAUUUAAUCCUCGUCACAUCUGCAUAUAGCUGCUUAUACAUUGUUACUAUUUAAAUUUGUUUUGCACUAAACACCCGCUUACCCUUGACCAUGUUUAAAGACUUCAAACAGGACGACUCACGAACGGCUAUUCAAAAGUUUCCGCCGAAAGUUGAUAUAGCAGAAAAUUUCAUGGCUGGUGGGAUAUGAAAAAACGGCGACACGAAGGAACGCGUAUGCGUGUGAUUUCUGCCCUUUGCAUGUGAACAACAUUGUUUAAGUCUUUGACAAUUGGUACACUGUGAAAAGAUGUAUUUGUUGAUUGUAAGAGAUGUUCUGCGUGCAGCACGAGAUUGAAUGAACAGAAGAACUCUUUUGUUGAAUGAGGUGCAUUGAGUAUCAUCAAUCCGUAUGGUAAAUGAUCGUUCCACCUUAAUAUUGGAAGUGGUCGAUUUUCAGAGUAAAUAAAAGAUUAUGGAUGCAUGGGAUACCUUUAAUACGAUGGUAUCAAUUGCUUCACCUUAACAGAGCAGCAUUGUUAUCUAAAUGUUUCUAUCAAAGAAGAGGAAUCGACAUGCCGACCAGCUCGUCCCAAGCGACACAUCGAAAACUGGAUUAGAGGAGCUUUUGAUUUUUAUAGACAUAACGCAUUGAUUCGAGUUAAACUGACUAGCCUUAUGUGAGGCUUUAUUUCGUGUGAAAGUAGUUCACUGCGAUUUAUGUGAAAUUGUGUGAAGUCUUUAAUCGGAUUCAUUGUGUAAUAUAGGCCUAAACCAGCUCAAUAUCAAGGUGGACGAAAAUUCUAUUACGUGGAAAAACUCAGUAAUUGUAUUAAGUCGUGUAUCUAAGGGAUGUGUGAAUACUAAUGAAAACAAUAUAGAAACACUUCUGUACCUUUUGUUGGUGAUGUUCUGAAUCCGUAUGUGUGAAAUUGCAAUAUAGCCAUGUCGGCCAGGCGACCACUGACUCGGGAAAGAACAACCCUGCCACAAAUCAGCGGGGGAGACAUGUUGUUUACGCCCACUUUAGUCUCCGAACUAACCGACAUAUUUCCACUCAUUGGGAUAAAUAGAGUCGACAUCAGAUUUAGUGAAAAGAAAUUUGAACGUGCUGGACGUCACUUCACCAUUAUAAAGAAACGGGUGGACCCGAUCCCAGACGACAGGGCGAUGGACAGCAGUAGUGAUGGAUUUGAUUUGCCAGAGGAUGCCAUAGACAAAGUUGCCAAAGCCAACUCCGUCCGGACGGAUUCCGCCCAAAUUCUCCCCGAGGUCCGAGCCUCGCCGUGUGCUAUUCAUUUCAAAAAGGACAGAAAAAAUGACUUACUUUUUUACAGUAAUCACCAAACCGGUCAACACUCGCCCGGAACUGUCAGGAAAUCGUUAUCCAAAAACACAUUGACUAAAGACGGAAAGAGACUGAGGGGCUCUGAUAAUAUUCCCCUCGAACGCAGACAACACCCACCCCUAUUGAAUACCCUGCCGAGGGGUAUGCCCUCCAAAGAGUUUGUAAUGACUUGGUUAAUGCAUGGUUCAGAACCCAGUGCGAAAAGUCAUUUCCCGGACAUUGUAAUUCCCGACGGACGACCUAAAAGGUCGAAAGGAAAAGAUUCCGUGCGGAAAUCGACAAUAAGUGAAUGAGCAAGCGGUUUGGUGUGAUUUCUAUGGAAUCGUGUAAAGUUUCGAGUACAAAGAUUGAGUUUCUAGUCAAUUUCUAGUUUGGAAUGUAAUAUACAGUGUCGAUUUCAUCGUGAAUCGAUCAGUGCAUUUCUUAGUUUACAACGGAACAGUGAUCGUAAAUUUUUCAAUUCACCGUUUAGAAGAAAACGGUGUCGGAUGAAAUAUGCUGUUCUAGUACACUUACACGGAGCAAGUGCUUGGGUUUUAAAUCUUACCCCAGUGCCUUCAUUUAGCAUUACUUACCUGCAUUUAGAUUCAGUGUAUUAACUUUAAAUAUUGUCAUAUCUGUGAUUGACAGGUGUGACGUUAUCUUAAUUAUAAGUAUUCAAGUUUUAAAAAUUAUAUACGUACAUUUUC